AGAGCACGGAGCGGCCAGGGAGAGCGUUAGAGCGGGAGGCAGACGCACCGCGGGCUCCCCCGGAGGGCCCUCGCGGCGCGGGGCGCAGUCCCUAAGCCGCUGGGUCGCCUGCGUCGCGGGGAGCGCAGCGCUGGGCUCCGGCUCGCCAUGAGCCACUUCUUCGGUCCCCGGCUGCCUGCUCUGGCCGCCUCACCCAUGCUCUAUCUGUACGGCCCCGAGAGACCCGGGCUACCGCUGGCCUUCGCCCCCGCGGCCGCUCUGGCCGCCUCGGGCCGGGCGGAGCCCCCCCAGAAGCCGCCCUACAGCUACAUCGCGCUCAUAGCCAUGGCCAUCCAGGACGCGCCCGAGCAGAGAGUCACGCUGAACGGCAUCUACCAGUUCAUCAUGGACCGCUUCCCUUUCUACCACGACAACCGGCAGGGCUGGCAGAACAGCAUCCGCCACAACCUCUCGCUCAACGACUGCUUCGUCAAGGUGCCCCGCGAGAAGGGGCGGCCAGGCAAGGGCAGCUACUGGACGCUGGACCCUCGCUGCCUGGAUAUGUUCGAGAAUGGCAACUACCGGCGCCGGAAGAGGAAGCCCAAGCCAGGCCCAGGGGCCCCGGAGGCCAAGCGGGCCCGCGCUGAGACGCAGGAGCGCGGCUCCGAGGCGCAGCCUCCCGCAGGGCGCCGCGGCGGCCCCGCGACCCCCCGCCAGGAGGGAGCGCCCGCGCGCCCCUCGCCCCUGCUGGACGGCUCCUCUCCGCCGGCGCCCCUCCACUGGCCUGGGCCCGCGUCCCCGGAGGAGGACGCAGGCGACGCUGUCCAGGGCGCAGCGGCCUUGGCCGUAGGCCAGCCAGCGCGCACAGUGGAUGGCCCGGGGUCCCCUCCGCGUCCUGCUUCCCACGGCUCUCCGAAGAGCUCCGACAAAUCCAAGGGCUUCAGCAUAGACAGCAUCCUGGCAGGACGGCAGGGUCAGAAGCCCGCCGGAGGGGUCGAGCUCCUGGGGGGCGCCAAGCCAGGGCCCGGCAGCUGUAUGGGUGCCUCGCUUCUGGCCACCCCCUCAAGCCUCCGUCCGCCUUUCAACGCUUCCCUGAUGCUCGACCCGCACGUCCAGGGCCGCUUUUACCAGCUCGGGAUCCCUUUCCUCUCCUAUUUCCCUCUGCAGCUUCCCGACACGGUGCUUCACUUCCAGUAAAGCAAACAGUGACGGGGUCCUUCCCCUACCCUGGGCUGACCUUGUGAGCGACCAGGGGCCUAAUCGCUGGGGGAAGGAGGCACGUUUUUGUUUUGUUUUUGUUUUUGUUUUUGAAUGAUCUUUUCUUCUGCAACGUGUGGAUCCUGGGAAGUGUUACCAACUUUUGCACGCAGGUGGGCAGGGUCUCCUGCCUCCUCCGAGGUGAGGCGGACUUUCCCAGAACCCGGAGCACCUCCGGAGAUUUAAAAGACCUUGCCUGGCUAGGACUUGGGCAUCUCAGACCUCCUACCGCCAGAGCAGGAGAAUUCCUUGACCUUAGGUCAGUCUAAGGGUGUGGUCUUCCAUGCCCAGCACAGGUCCUUCAUGUCCAGAGCAGCAAGGGCCCAGACAACCAGGGAGCAGGACCGCGAAGGACAUGGUGGGGUGCUUUCAAACAGAGCCACAUUCUGACUGUGGUCAGCUCAGUCGUGGGUUGUCACUGUGGCUCAGGCCUUGGCUCUGAGUCCACGGGGUGGUGGGUGUUCACAGCUGGGUUUGUCCUUGAAGUCCAGUUGUGGGGACACUGGCAGUGACCCCUGUGUUUCAGGUUCUUUGGGAGAUCUAGGGCCUGGUGAGGAUUUACAACAAAUGUCCAGGUGGAAGCUAAGAAACCACACUUUUAUUUUAAAUAGAGAAUUUCUCUCUUUUUUCUUUCUAGACAGUAAAAGGAAUAUGCUAUGUUCUUUGGCUAGAUGCUUGACUCUUUUUACUACAACGAUUGCCCUGUGAAAAUGUCUACAGUAACAACCUCUAUUAAGAAAGUACACUCUAUAUAAUAGCAUUUUGUUGCAUUAUGAUAGCCCGAUAGUCAGUACCCAUGAUCUCCAAGACGUGUUACCAACAUUAGCAGCCGUCCUGUCUUGUUGCUUUUGUUUUUAAGGGAUCAAAAGAUAGCAGAGGACACCGGAAGUGUGUGAGGGGGAGGGAAGGUGUCUUAGACUCAGAAGAUUUUCCAUUUGCAUGUUUUUUCAAGAUCUAGGUUUGAUUUUUGCUACAUUUUCCAGAAUUGUGUAGUAAAGGACCACCUUUAAUCCAAAAAGUUGGAUGAAACAAACACAAAAGGCAGAUACUGGGAGAGAGAUGGGUCAUGCUGGGCAGAGAAAGGGAAUCUUCUGAUAUCUGCUGGAGGGUGUCUCUCUGGACCCCAAAGAACAGGAAGCUCAGCCAGAGGAUUCUUUCAGACAUUCCCAGCUGAUGGCAUCCCAGCCCGCACCCAGCUCUUCCCUCCAAGCCCCUUCCCCGGGUGGGCGGGCCUAGAGCCAGCAGCUAAAUAAACACCUUAUGGAGGUGACUGGAAA